UUCCCGGGCGCGAGCAAGGCCAAAUCGAACCUCCGCCGACCACGCCCGAAACCUCAACCCACCUCUGCCUCUACGCUCCCUUUUUCCUCCGAACCUUUUCGACAGGGUACCACGGAAUCCGACCUCACCCUCCCGACGAACAAGUCAAUUGAGGUUUGAUACUCUCUCUUCCUCCCUCUCCGGGUCGACGGUUCCGCGAAACAACAAACGAAAAGAAAGAGAAAAAAACAAAAAGAGAUGGCUUCCCUUGCGACGGCGGCUCGCCUCUCUGCGAGAGUUAUUGGCCGGAGAAUACCCGCAGAGUCCACAGCUCGAGGCUUCCGGACCUCAGCACGAUGCCUCGCCGCGCAGAACUUCUCCAUGCCCGCCCUCUCUCCGACCAUGACGGAGGGCAACAUCGCCAGCUGGAAGGUCAAGGAGGGCGAGGCCUUCUCCGCCGGCGACGUGCUCCUCGAGAUCGAGACCGAUAAGGCCACAAUGGACGUCGAGGCCCAGGACGAUGGCGUCAUGUUCAAGAUCACCACCGCCGACGGCGCCAAGGGCGUCCAGGUCGGCACCCGCAUCGCCGUUAUCGCCGAGCCCGGCGACGACCUCUCCUCCCUCGAGGUCCCCGCCGAUGAGCAGGCUUCCGCCUCGGCCUCCAAGCCUGCCGCCGACAAGGAAGCCCCCAAGAGCGACACCGCCGAACGCCGCGAGGCGCCUCAGGGUGAGAACCGCGCCCCCAAGACCUCGGGCGGCAAGGCCCGCGAGCAGAGAUACCCCCUUCUCCCCUCGGUCCAGUCCCUCGUCAACGCCCACGGCCUCGACAAGGACGCCGUCAGCAGGAUCGAGCCCACAGGCCCCAACGGCCGCCUACUCAAGGGCGACGUCCUCGCCUACCUGGGCUCCAUCAACGCCGAGACCCCGAGCAAGAUCAUGGACCGCGCCGUCAAGAUGUCCAAGCUCGACCUCAGCAACAUCAAGAUCGCGCCCAAGAAGGAGGUCGCACCUCAAAAGGCCGCCGAGAAGAAGGCCGCCGAGGCUCCCGCCCCCGUGGACUCCCAGGUCGCCCUCCCCGUCUCCCUGUCCAAGGUCCUUGAGGCCCAGAAGCGCAUCCAGUCGACCCUCGGUGUCUUCAUGCCCGUCUCCACCUUCGUCGCCCGCGCCGCCGAGGUCGCCAACGACGACCUGCCCCCCUCGGCCCGCAAGCCCACCGCCGACGAGCUCUUCAACCAGGUCCUCGGCCUCGACAAGCUCUCGCUCCGCGGCUCCCGGGGCUACUACCUGCCCCAGGUCUCCGCCCUCCCCGAGCCCUCCCUCCUGGCAGCCCGCCCUGCCAGGCGGUCGUCUUCCGACAUCAUCGACCUCCUCGCCGCGCCCGCCAAGAAGGCCGCCGCGCCAAAGGCCGCCGCCGCUCGCCAAACCCCCAGCAUCUCGUCCGGAACCAACCUAUUCAGUGUGACGGUGCCCCAGGGUGACGAGAAGCGCGCCAAGGUGUUCCUGGAGAGGGUCAAGUUGAUCUUGGAGGAGGAACCCGGCAGGCUUGUUCUGUGAAGGGGGUGAUCUAACACGCGAGAGAGAGAAAGAGGGAGAGGUGGGUGAGGGAGAGCCAGUAAUAGGGGGGAGGGUUGACGAUCUAGAGGCGAUGAAUGAUAAGAGAAGCUCGCUUUUCUUCCGCACGGGAAAUGUACUUGUAGUAUGUCGUGGGCGGAUACAAUAGAAGUCAUAUACGCACCCACAUCCUCUUUUUGUUCUUCGCGAGUUGCAAAGCCUCGGAAACCGACACACCCACCAUAAUGGUUUCCCGCCUGUUCCUGCUCUUGGCGAACUGAGGAAGCCUCCCACCUGCCCGUUCCCGCUCACGUGUGCAACAAUCCCUGCUAAUUCUAGCGAUGUUAGUUACCCUGCAAUAUAUCACCGGGACGGAGAGACAGCCACAAAGCUGCAGGACUAAGACCCCACCAUUGAAUAGCAAUCGCAACCUCCUUGAAGUCAUUGUUCCGACUUCGAUAGGUUAUCUCCCGCUGAUCCGCCUAAGAAACGAUGGGGGAACAGUCACUUCUUCACCUACCCAAUCGCAGCCUCUCUAGAUAAACACAUGGAAGACUUCUCAUUAGACGGAGGUGGCGCGUGAAGCCGAACUCCACUAGUGGGAGGAUGAAGCAAAAUUGAAUGCGUCCAGUUCUGCUCCCUCGGGCUUUUGGUUGCCGUUGUAUCCACUAGCGAACGAUUGUGGUGCCGUCGGCUGGGCUGUUCGACGCCGCCCGACUCCAAGGCCUUCCGGAACGAGCCUAGAAAAUGCCUUGCACAUUUUGGAGAAGCAGCUGUUUUCACUUGUCUGGCUGCAAAGCCAGGGUCUAGCUUCGACCCUUGGCGGCCCGAGUCCGGCGUGCGGGACACGACUUGCGGUGGAAUGCCGAGACGUUGGGCCAACAACGAAAAGGAAUUCAAAAGA